UCCUUUCUCCUUGUGGUGAGACAACCUGUCCCCUAUUCACUGACCCGCCUCAUGUUUCACCACCAUCGAUAUUUUCUCUUUGUGAAUAUCUAUCAAUAUUUAAUACCGUGGUGUCAGUUCUGCUGUAAGAUGAGAGGAACUACUAGGAACGUUGAAUUAUACAUUGUGUGGCUGGAGGAAGCUGGGGAGUUUUCUUUUGGACCCAAAGCUCUUGGGGUUGAUCUCCAGGACCUGUAGCUUGAAAUCCUAAUAAUGGAUGAGCCCCAGAAGAAACUCAGUCAGCGGCACGAGGGAAGGCCCCGCAAAGUGAGGUUCAAAAUAUCAUCAGCUUACAGUGGGCGAGUGUUAAAACAAGUCUUUGAGGACGGGCAGGAGCUUGAGCUCCCAGCCAAAGAGCGCUCUCGGCGUUUCCUCCGCCACAGCUUUGAGCCAGUGGACCAUUUCUGUGGGGCUGUGGAAAAGCCAGAAAACAGACUGUACCCACCAGCCAAGCUGACUGCCCAGCGCAUCAGCAUAUUCAGAGAGGAUGAUAACUACAGUCUCACCAGCAACUCGCCGCUCCUCAGCAACCACCAGCCCGUUGAGAGCGACUGCAGGGCUUCCCCAAUUAUAGAUUUUGGCAAGAUCAUCAUCUACACCAAUAAUCUGAAAAUCAUCCGUGCACCGAUUGGCCAGAAAGAGCUCAUGAGGAGAAUCAUCCACACUGAGGGGAUAAAUGACUGGACCUUCAUACACCGGGAAAGGAGAGAGACAUUUGGUGGUGGACAUAAAAAAGUGGUGGACGAGGAGAAAAAGGCAGCCUGCCAGUACUUGCAGGAAGGUGAUGCUGAACACGGCUGUUCCCAGUGUAAAGGGUCAGGCUCUGCUCCUUGCUCACUGUGCCAUGGAAGCAAGUUUUCAAUGCUGGCAAACCGAUUCAGGGAGUCCUAUAGGGCUCUCCGAUGUCUGGCUUGCAAUGAAAGCGGGCUGCAGCCCUGCCGGAUCUGUGCUACCUGACCAGACUGCCCUCCCUCAGCAGGCACUGCUGCACUGCUUUGCUGUAGACUUUGAAUUCUUCAGCCUUCAAGCAGCCUCACUCUAAUGACAAGUCUUUAAAACCUGGGAAAGGCAUGCUAUACACACCUCACAGUAAAUGUGAAUACUGCUCCUCUGCUUCUGACUGUCCCCCUCUCUGCUACAUGCACCUCUAACUUCUGCAUCUGCCUGGGUGUGGGUUUGCAGAGGUGCUGUCAGUGGGGGUGAACAUAACCUGGAUGCUGGAGGAAAUGAUCAGCAUUUGGAAGUUCAGCACCUGUGUAAAUGUCUCUGGCAUCUGGAACUCAACUAGAAUUUGCCAGCACUCUCCCUCAGGUUGGGAUCUCAUGCCUGGCACAGCUGGGUCUUGACCCAGCGGGUGCUCUGAUAAUACCAUUAAAAGCAGCAAAAGUUGAUGCAGUUUGGGCAUGUUGGGAGUGUGUCAGGGAGGUUGGUUUGUAUGAGGUUUGUGUUAAGAGUGUGAGGUUGGUUUUUUUGCUGCUCCGCAGCAGAGCAGUGCCUGCCCUAGGUUUAACGUGCUGAACAUUUUAAAAGUCUGCUGUCUUUUGUCAUUAACUUUGUGCUUGCCCUGCAGAGUCACAGGCGUUUCCUGAACAUUUAAUGAUUCUCACAUCCCUGUUAGUGGAUGCAACGAUUCCUCUGGGGUCUGAUCCAUGGGAAGAAGAUGAAAAUCCUUCCCCAAACUGGAACACUCAAAAGUGCACAAAAUUUCAUUAUUAUAAAUAGAGAUUAUUAAGUUUUUAGUCUACUCGCUAGGAAGUGCUGAAGUAAACCUCCCCUGUACAAUGCUCAGCAGUUUUCAGGAUCAGGCUGGUAGUGGGCAGGACUUCUGUUGCUUAAUAUUAAUCUCAUGUUGUCAUCUGCUGAAGGUAAAUGCUAAUUAGUCCAGGUGAAGCAAUGCUGCGGGAUGCCUCGCAGGCUGCCACUGGUGGCACAGAGCCCAGGGGCUUCAGGAGGGGGAGGCAAACGGGGGACUUAGUGUGUUUUCCCUAAAGCCUUAACUUAUUACAUUUUAUAUUCACAAGUAAUGUUAUUGCAGCCUUAAUGCACAUAUUGCUGCUGAGGCUCUGUUAAGAGACUGCAGGUGUGUGCUUCAUGCUGAGGCUGCAACCCAGACAGGGUAAUUUAUGACCAUGUUUCUGUUUUCCUAUGGCAGGUUAUAAGAUUUCUCUGCAAAAUGAUUGGACUCGAUGAUCCAGUGGGUCCUUUCCAACCUGGUGAUUCUAUGAUUAUACGAUUAGAAAUAAUGCUGUUUAUCUUUAAAAUAGUUAAAAAAGAAUACAACAUAUCACAUAAACCACUCCAUGAUUCUACAUCCAAGGGAUAUGAGUCUUGGGCUCCCUCACACUGCCUGGCAUCCCUAGGAUACCCAGGCUGGGUCCAGUGCUGGCUUCCAGCGGGGACGAUGCUGGUAAAGCUGUGGCUGUCUUUGGCCAGAAAGAGCCCAACUACCGCUUGUAGAGCACCAAGACAUCCGAGGGGGGUGUUGAUGCAUCAAAUCCUGCCUGCUCUGAGCCAUGAUGGGCUCGGUGGGAGUACAGCACGGCUGCCCUAUGGCAUAAGGGACUGUGCACAGCUAGGACAGCAGCACCUGCCCUUCCACGGACUCAGGCAUGGUGCUGGGAUGUGAAAGAAGGCUGGAUCAGUGGAAAUAAGUUCUGGUUUCCUGUCCUUGCAGAAUCUGACCCCUGUGUCACUGCUGGGUGUGAUGUGGCUUUUGGCCUGGUGCUGCAGCAAUCGUUAGACUUUUAUGUAGGCUUUCAAAUGGAAAUGUUUUGCAGCAGUGGAAGGCUGUGUUAACCACAGGCAAACAGCAUUUCUGUGUGGUAUCUGUUCCUAGCAAGACAGCAUCCCACUAAGUCUUCCUUCUGAGCACUGUUGUGUCUUGGAGCCGAGCUCCAAGCUGUGCUUCAAUACUGUCCUUUUCAUUGGCAUUUUCCUUUGAACAGCAGCAGAGAAAUAGGGAUGAAUUCUAAUCUCUGUUGUACCUGAUGCGGGGCUUUUGCCCUCUGGCUGGGACAGGUUUUUGUGAACACACAGGCAAAGAACAGAGCGGGCUCCAUUAUGUUUGUUUUGGCCGCAUGUGUUUAAAUGUUAACACCAAGUGAGCAGCUGUACAGUGCAGGGCAUUUUCUUGGCACAGAAGUCAAUGGGCUUGCAAAUGCUCUCUGCAGGACAAGAUGUUAAAACAAAUGUUGACUUUGGGCUAAAUUAAUCCUUGAUGCGACCAACGUAAAACACAAGGAAGGAUUCUUUUGUUUCAGCCAGUCUCGAUCUCCUGUGAGCAGAGGUCCGGCUUGGACAACGGCAGUGCUGGAAGGAGCCCAGAGCAGCCCUGCUCAGGAGAUGCAGAGCCAGCUCUGGCACCUGGGCACCCGUGUGACUGAUGCAGAACCUGCCUGAUGUUUGCUGUGGGGCCAGUGCCCAGGGCAGCCCUGGUGGGCACAGCAGCAGAGCCGAGCCCUGCGUGCUCCCUUGCAGCCGAAGCAGUCCCAAUUCAUCAGCGGUGGCGCAGCAACAUGCAGUGAGCAGCCCUGCUGCUGCCGUCCUGGGUGCUGGGAAGCACAGAAUACCUCCUGCUAAGUAACCUGAUGUUAAAAAUUGCCAGAUCCUUAACAACUGGAUUGGUUUCAUGGAUUUGGGUAGGAGUGGGAGGCAAUACAUUGCAUUCCUACCAAGAAAUAACAAGUUUUUCUUGUUUGCAGAAGUCACCAGGCUUCUACAUGUGAUGUCAGUGGGGUCAGCUUCUCAUCCUCAGAGUCCAUCUUGUGUGGAAAUGACUGCUGAGGGGUGUGAAUUGCUGAAACAUGUGGUGGUAUGGUUUUGUUUUCCUUGACUGCCUGAUUUUCUCUGGUGUUUGAUGGCUCAGUGCAAAAUGGAAUUGGAUCCCUGCAGUGCUGUCAUGCUCUGUACUGAAACUCAAAUCUUCAUGUGUGUAAAAUUGUUUUACAAAGGAAAUCCCCCAAAUGUCACAAGUUGAAGCACCAGAACUCUGGACAGUGAAUAUAGGCAGAGAUGCUUAGUCUGGAGUAUUUCCAUUUCUCUUCUAUUUCUGUUAACUGUCUACAGCUGUUCCUUUCUUGCCCUAGAACAGCACUGUGCAAACAGGCAUUUAGGGGUUGUGUUUUCUUAAAAAAAUAAUAGGGAAAAAAAGCAAACAUUUCUGCUGCAGAAAUCCCGAGUUGUGUCUUUGGGCAGUCAGGUUUGUGAAGCGUGCAGUUUAGACUGCCACACUAUGGAUGAGCAGGAGAUGUGCUCUGGAACAGUCACAUGAAAACUCUGAACAAACUUGGGAAAGGGAAGGCAGGGCCACCUUUUGCUGCUAUUCUUGAGUGCCUGGCUGUUAGGGGCGAGAGGAGAAGCAGAGUUAGUGCUUCCCAUUGUGAAAGGCUUGAACCCAAGCAGAAAUGCAAAUGGAAAUUGCAUUCUGUAGCGUGCUUCUAUCUUGCUGAAGAAGGGAGGUUGGAGGUGAAUAGUGAGGCUAAUUAUGACAGCCAGAAGCGCGGAGCAGAAAGGUUAAAAUAACCCUCAUUUGUGUGUGGCAGCAAAGUGCAGCACAUGCUUUUAGCCAGGAAUUUGAUAUGAUUGAAAAACUAAUUGCCAUAGUUACUCCGAAGUCCCAGAGUUUGAGCUGACUUCAGGGCUCCUGCUCUGGUCGUUUCUGUCAGGAUUCUGCAGGCUGAACAUUUGGAUGUUGUUCUGUGGCAAAACAGUGUGAGAAGUUGCCACCAGAUGAGCUCUCAGAGGAGACCAAAGCCAAAGCAGCCAGAGUUCUUCUAGGGCAUGUUUGUGCCGAGAUAUCUCAGUUGGAUGUCCACUGGAAUGUGGACUUGAUGGUCUUAGAGGUCUUCUCCAACCUUAAUUAUUUUAUGGUUCUAGGAUCUCCUGGCUCACAGAAAUCCCAUGUGUUACCUUACUGGGGUGUUUCAACUCAGGAUCUCUGAGGAUGGAGUACAGAAGGCACUAAGCCUCUGGAAAGUGUCAGCGUGGGCUUCUCUCUCCCAAGCCCAUGGAUCUCUCAGGUUUAGGUUUCAAAUAUGGCUGUGCUGUAACAGGAUGAGACCCAGUUUCUCAGGAAAUGGGCUCGUUACUGCAGAACUGCAUCCCCUGCUGCUGUUGAGUAGCGCCACCAAGGACUGGGUGGCCUCUGGCAUCGGAUGCUGGGCUCCCUAUCCUUGUGUGCUGCCUUAGAGAUAUGCUUGAAAAUGCUUGGCCUUUGCUGUGUGUUUCUGAAGCAAACGGCCCCUCGGCGGUCGGUGUGGGACAACAGGCACUGGCAGAGCACGAUCCCGAGGGAUGUGUUGGGUGUGCGGAUGGUGGUGGGUGGUCUGCAAGGACUGCUCUCUUUCUGCUGAGUACACCUUGCAGACACCCGCGAUGUGAGGAAGAUGGUGGCGGCAGUAGGGGCAUCGCCUUCCAUCGGGGCUGGUGUGGCCAGUGCUGGGCAGAGCCGCUGCGUGCCAGGGGCUGUGGGGUGGGCAGGCUCAUUCCCCCUUGUGAGUGCAGGCUGAGAGGGGACCUGGCCCCAGCCUGAGGUUUCUGCAGGGUGCCCUGAGGUUGUGCAGGUGUCACCUCAAGGAGAGACCCAAACUGCGAGCCAAACUUCUCAUUCAGCUGUAGCAAAUGGGUUUGUAUUUGGAGUAAGUGAAAGGCUUUUGCAUUUAUUGAUCUUUGUCCCAGCAGGAAUCUGUGCAGUUCAUUUGCUGGACUUUUGGAGCUUUUAAAAUUACAUUUAUUCACAGCCACCACUUUUCCAAACCGGUAACAAAGUGGAGGAGCCUGACAGGGUUCAGCUGAUUUUGCAGUGUCGCCGCUUUAUUCCCUCAGAGUUAAAAAAGAAAGAAUCGGAAUAUUUAUGACUUUAAAUGUUAUUAUUUUUUGCAAGUCUUUGAAGCUGCUGGUUUGAUUUAUGUGGGCUCCGUUUGAUCUCGCAUGUAAAACCAGCCCUUCCUUGCUUUGAAAUAUUUCACUUUUAAACAAAUCGUUACGUGUAACCUGCAGUGAUUUCUCCGCGCUGCGAACACGGAGCCACUCCGAGAGUCCCGCAAUUCCCAUCGAAGAACUCCUAGGAAACAGCGGCGUGGUUGGAAACCGUGGCUUCUGAUAAAUGAUCUUGCGCUUUCCAGUUAGGAAAGGUACAUGGGGGUCUUGAUUCCCUGAAUUUAGAAUAAUGACUAACAAUAAUGAACACAAUCGGUUCCGUGUGGAAAACAAUCGAUCCACGGCACUCCUGUCGCUGCCCCGUCCCUGGAGGAGCUCGAGGACGGUCCCGGGCAGCCAGAUCCAGCGGGAGGUGCCGGGGGGUGGAGCUGGAUGGGCUGUGAGGUCCCUCCCAACCCGAAGCAUCCCGCGAUCCUGUGGUUUCCAGGAAGAGGGAAGUGGAGCGCAGGGCUCCUCCUGCGGGCGGUGCGAGGCUCCCAGGCCGCCACGGGGCGGCGCUCGCUCCGCGGCCAGCGGCUCCCCCGGCAGCGCGAGCGGGGCUGCGCGGGACCUCGGAGCCACCCAGGCCCACCCCUUGCAGGGACACCUCCCCCUGCAUCAGGGGCUCCGAGCCCCAUCCCACCUGGCCUCGAGCAGCUCCAGCGGUGGGGACAUCCCCCACCUCUCUGGGCAGCCUGGACCCUCCCCACCCUCACAGCAAGAAGUGUCCUGAACAGCCUCCCCAGCUUUUGCUGAAAAUGGGCGAGUAGGAAUCUUCUGCAGCCCGCGAGCUGUGGGUUUGGAGAUCUGCAGGGCAAGGGAUGCUGGUGGGCUUUUCUGGUGCCUGACCUCAGCAGCAGCUACGUCCUUUCAUGGCACAACCACUUCAAAAGUGCUUAAGCAGCCGCACAGAUGUCUCUGAUCAAGCGACCACUUGAGUGUGAAGCAGAAAGCAGCAGAGAGACUUCACUGUGUGAUCAGCUCGAGCUGGGAAGAGCUGGACCUUGGAAAUAUGAGAAGGUAGACAGCAUUUUUUUUUGCAGUAACAGGGAUGGUUUGGAAACUGGAAUUCAAUUUACAUAAUGUGCCAAGGUAUAAGAUACCUUGAUGAGUUUUGUUCAUUUUACUGUCCUGCCCACCCCUUUGAUUGGGGUGAAGGAAAGCUCCCCAAACCUGCCCUCCAUGAAAUGACUGGGGGGACAACCCCCUCUGCUCCGCCAGCACCCCAGCGAGGGCUCUCCUUCGGGAGCGGGAAGGGCGGGAGUCUCUGCAGCAGCACUGACUGGGGCUCCCCUGUCCGGGCACCUGGAGUGAAAAUCACCUACUGUCUGCCCCAUGGGCAGCUCGUCCUGUGUACAGAGCCACACAGCUGGGAUCCCAAACCCAACAGCUAACCAGUGCCAGCCUGGCAUGACCUGCUGCUGGCAUACAAACGCAGUGCCAUGGGAAAGGGAGAGGUGGCUUAACUUCCCACUUUUCUGUGGGAAAACAAACCCUGCAUGUGGGGUCUUUUACUGACUGUUUUCUUGAACUAAGGAUCAAAAUGCAACUGUUGGAUGAUGGCAUUGGGAGACAUCCCAUCAUUUUUGGUGGCUUUCAUCAGCAAAGGCAUAUCUAAUAUGGUGCAUAGCCAGAUGUAAAGGAUUAAAGAGGACCAGGAUGCAGCCUGUUCUUCCUCCUCUGCCUGGAUGAAAACAGCAUCUGGUGGUGUUUGACACAUUCAGCAAGUGAUGGCAGGAUAGUUUGGGAUGUGUUCAGUAUUUCUUUAUUUGGCUUUGAAAGCUGUGCAGGUAUUCAAAACAGCGAAAGCAACAGGCCCAGCUGCGUAAUGCUAAUUUUGUGUUGCAAUUUCAUUUAGAUAAAUUACUCCUGCGGGUUCCUAAUAAAAACAGAUGCUGGCUUGUGUCAUAAUCAGUGAACAAUUCUGAUAACCAGAGCAGCUAUUUUUAGUUUUCCGUUAACCCAGUUCAGCCUUACAUCAAGUUGUAUUAAACUUAGAAGAUACAAAUAGGAUCCACACUGGUUAUUCAUUUGCUUCAAAGCAUGCCAAAGCCGUCUCUUCUUCUUCGUGUAGUAGGUGGGAUAAGGGAGUAGCUGGAAGGCAAGUGAUCUGUCAAGUCUCAAGCAGCACGGUGUACUCAUAGCUGGUGUGGAAGCAUUAAUUAGAGGAGCGAGCUCAAGCCAAGUAAUGAGCACAGCAAAGGGUCACCAAAGACCAAGAAACCUGCCCUACAGAAACCAUCCUGGCAGCUGGAACAGGGGAGUUGGGUUUGCAGCGCUGGGUGGUUGCAGCCCCGGAUGUUGGUGGGUGCUCAUCAGGGCAGUGCGUCUCUGCAGGGAGAGGCAUGCGAGUCCCUGUUUGUCUCCAUUGGCCUUUGUGCGUGGCAGGCACUGAGCCUGGAGGAGGAAAGCCCACUGGAGAGGGGAAGUGACCAGUCCCGUGUCAGGAGGGAUGGACAGCCAGGGCACAGCACAGUCUGUGCCUUCUUCCCUGUCAUCUUUGUCCUUCCAAUGUGUUCAACAUGCAUUCAAAUUUAUUCCUAUCCCUAUGAAGCUUUGAAGUGCAGGGCUGGCCUUUCUGAAGGCGAGGUGGCUUUGGGGGGUGGGUGUUCAGUCUGCUGUGUGAGAAGCGGUUGAUCUAAUGGAGCCUUGAUCUCUUCUAGACAACAACAGCUUAUUGGAAACUUCAUUUAAUCAUAUCAACUGUUACCAUUUAGAAUCAUAUUAAAAAAAGUUUCUGUUUCUCCCAAAGCAACUUAGGUAAGGAGAAAAGCGACGUAAGCAAAUGAAAAUCCAGCCCCAGAUUUUUUUCCCCUCAGUUUAGCUCAGUAGAGAAUGAGCUUUAUAACAAUUCUUGAGUUUUGCAAGUUUUCUGGUUUUGCUGACUCCCUUUUCCAAAUUGUAGAUUUUAUCAACUAAUAGUUGCUUUGACAUUAAGUGCACUGCUAAAAACAAUUAGUAUGCACAAUUAAGUGUCUAUACCAGUUUUUCUUUUUGUGGGAAAAGUUUUAUUUGAGCUCCUCAUUAUUUUAAAGCAAUUUGCAGAAAAAAGUGCUAUUAGGAAAAUGGAGCUGAUGGCAUUUGGAGUGAGCUGAACGCACGGUUAAGCAAAUCAGAAAUUAGUGUAAAUUUCUUUCAUUUCUUUCAUUUGACUUCAUUUGCUGUGGAUCAAGUUUGAUAUAAAUGAUAAAAAAUAGGUCAAGCUUUUAAAGUACUGAAGUCUUUCUGUGCAACGAAACCAAACAGAACUGGCAAGAGAACGAUUUGGAUUUUUUUUUUCUGAUCUAUGUUGGGAUGAUUUUAAUAACCCUGUUGUCUCUUGAAACAAGGGGCACUCUUGUCUCAGAGCACACCCCAGGACUUAAAGAGCCUUCCUGUGUUGUGGAGACAGGGCAAGGCGGUCUUUGUGGCUCCCAGUGGUGGAGCUGGGCACAUCCCCCUCCGCCCAGCGCCGAGGAGAUCAGCUUUUAGCCCAUUGUGUACGGAACUGCUUGCUCUGCUGAUUCAAAGCAGUGGAAAAAGAGAUGGGUGAGUUUAGUCUAGCAUGAUAACUGCUACCAGUUGGGAUCAUUUUUCCCUAAUGGUUUGUGUUCUGCUCGGAUGUUAUUGCCAUGCCGGGUGCUCAUUGAGCCUUUGCUUUAGGGAAACGCGGCUUCUGCUGGGGCACGACUGGCCUGGGCCCUUCGAGUGUCUGGCUUCCAUGUGUUACAGAAAGGCACAGUGCCUGGACUGCGGCUUUUAGUGUGAUAGAUAUAGACAGGGCAGGAGAGAAAGGAGACGCAAUUAAAUGCCCUGAUUCUACAGUUACUUAUGUGCCUAAUAGCAGCUGGAGCAUCUAAAUUCGUAAAUUAGAUAUAAUUAGUUCAUUUGGCUGAAUUACGGAAAUGUAGCUUGUGGAUAUCGUAACACCAAGGGAUAUGGAGCAGCUGCUGGAGCAAGGCGGGGACCGGUCGGUAAUGCAGGAGGAGAGGAAACAGAUCAGAGAAAGGUAGGACCCCAAGAUGAUUUGGUGGAUCAUAUUUGGUUGCAGCAAUAUCCUCUGUCAGAAACCAACACAGUAUUUGCAAGGUAAAGGAUAAUUUAAUGUUUUUUCCAAAGCCUUUUCAGUUCUGCUGUGUUAAGCCACAUGUAAAGCCCUGAAGGGGAAGGUGUUGGGCAGCCUGUGUUGCCGACUGCUCCUGCUCUCUGAAGGCAGUGGAAGAGACAGCAGGUUUGCGGGAGAGUGCCUGGGAGCAGGACCACGGCUCUGUUCUGUGCGUGUCUGAUGAGGCCCUAAAUGUCUCAGACACUAUGGGAAAAUACUGGAAGGUUGCGAGGAGCCGCUGGUGGCUUCAGCAGGAGUAUGAGUACUGGGGAGAUACAUGGAUUAAUAACACUCAAACCCCUACUCCCUCCUAUAAGCUUGACCUGAGAGAAGGAGAUUCCAUGGAGGGGGUGAGGUAGGUGACAAGAUUCAGAAAGGGUUCAAAGUGAAGGAGAAGGCAAGUUUCAUGCUCAGCAUCUCCUAUUCAAAGACAGCCAAGGCUGCAGGAAGGUUGCUUCACCUUGUUUUCCUUCCCAUCAUUUAGUCAGAUGGGAUUGAACAGGAAUUCUUCCAUCUCCUCCCUCAAUGUAUAACAGAGGUGUACACUGAUUUGAUAAUGGCAAGCAUUUUAACCAGAAUACUAGAAAGGAUGUAGUUUAACAGUUGUAAAAUUAGAAGGAAAGGAAAACCCUAAGAGAUGAGAAAAUAGCUGGUAUUAAGGUGACAGAAUAAUCUUGCCCCAUAAUAGCAUUCUGUGCUGCUUAAAGCAACUGUCUGCAGCUGAUAUCUGUCAAAUCCUAUCAGGAAUGUAAGGUGACAUUAUGAAGUCUCUAGAUGUAUUUUCAUGUCAUUUAGCUGAUUCAUGUCAUUUGAUAAAUUGCAUGUUUGUGAAAUCAAUGUUCUUCACCAUGUGUAUUCUUCUGCUUUGCCAGUGUCAAAAGUUCUGUGCUAGAGACAACAGUAGCAAUUCAUGAGUGCUAUUGUUUCACAAGAUCUUACCACCUUCUUAUUAAAAACCUGUAUUCAUUUUCCAGCAGACUUGGUAUAAAAGAUUAAUGAGAUACAUGAAGAUACAUAAGCAAAACCCCACCCUGCUCGUUUGGUGUUGAAUUGAUUCACAGGGAAUUAUUUGCCAUCCCUACAGACCAGCUCUCCAAUCAGCUGUUUGUCCUCGAAGAUGCAAAGAGGAGGAGAGGUGCCUCGUUGCUGUUUCUUAGAGGUAAUCUGUUUUUAUACCUCAGCCAGAGCUCUGGAAGUGCAGGGAGGCUUUUUUAUUGUUAGCCUUGAGCAACGACUCAAAACUAAACAGCACCAACCGAAUGUCUGCAAGUUGGCUGAAAACAAGAAGCUUCUGAAGGCUGUUGGGGUGAGUUCCAGUGGAUGGUGGGAUGGGUGUCCCGACACGGCAGCUCCAGCCCUUCCUCACCCCCGGGCACAGCAGUCUGUUUCCUUUGGACUGUCUCUCUCCAUCUGUGUGCUGUGGGGUCCAUCAUGCCUGUGCAGUGCUAACAAGUUCCUAGCCUACAUUUCCAGCAUAAAGCACAAAGUGGUACCUGGGGGCUGGCCUUUGUUUUCCUAAAAGUUUAAACUGAAGUGAGAGCCAGCAUUCCCAAGUCACUGUGCUCAGACAAAGUACAGAAUUCCAGCACGCUUUGGGCUGAAGGACCUUCAAAGAUCAUCUAGUCCAACACCCCUGCCGUGGGCAGGCACACCUUCCACCAGACCAGAGAGAGUUGCUCAGAGUCCUGUAUCCCGAGGUAGAGAAUAUUUUAUUGCUCUCUAUGGAAUUAAGUUCAUACAUUAAACAAGAAAAGAUGGUAGUAGCCUCUAGGAGCUUCUCUAACACAUCCUGAGAUAAAACCUAGAAAGAAUAUAUGAAAAGCAGAGAAAAUUUUCAUACUGAAUAGCCAAGUUUGUUUACGUGUGGGACACAUAAUGGGAUACAGGCCUUUCAACUGAAAAAAAAAAAAAAAUCAGAUUAUUUCCCAAAGGCAGGCAUCACGGAUGAAAUUGCCUUCAUGCGUCACACUAAAGUCUAUGAAGUAUGUUGGUAUUUCCUUCUCUCUCAAACUACCUGACAGUGGCUGGUGAAUUAACAGAAUGGAUGAUUUUUUGAUUUCUUUGCAUGUCCCUGUCACACAUUACGCUGACAGAUACCCACUGGCUCUGGAUGGUUGGAGUGGGUUGGGUCUGAUUUUUUUCUGAAGCUAGUGGGAUUUUCCCAUUGAAAUUCAAGACUCUUGAGUUAAACCUUUCUUAACACAGCAGCGGGUCGUGAUUUUUCCCCCUCUCUUUUUCUUAAAUCUCUUUUCCAUCCUCGGAGGAGCCUUGCCGUAGUUCUCCCAUCUCCAGGCCAUUGCCAGUGCAGAGACUGCACUCCAGGCAAUGCCGUCCCUUCGGGAAGGGCCGGGGCUGUCCCGGGGGAUGCGAUGUGGGCGUCCGAGAAUCUCUCUCCUCACUGUCAGCGUCCUGACUGCCUGCCCGAACCAAAAUGAAACUCCAGGCAGCGUUCCUGCCUCCUGAGUGGUCAGCAAGUUCCGGUGUUUUGGGGCCUUUCUUCCUGAGUUGUGUUUAGGAGGAAUGGUGAAUCUUUACCUGCCCAGUGUGAGUUGCUGAGAUCCAAAGCUGUUGUGGAAUUGGUCUGUCUGACAGCCUUUUUAUUGGCAACAAAGCUAUGGAAAUGAGAAACCUGUGCAGGAGGUGAACCGGCUGCCCCGUCUGAUGGCAAAUGGGAGCUGAUGAAUUCUGCACGGGCAAUCAGGGCUAUUGCACUUCAGUCUUUGAUCUUAUCAGAUCUUGCAGAAUACGUUGGUUGGAGGUUGGCCGGUACUUGGAUGAGAGCUUUCAUAGAACUUUCAUGAUACCGUGCAGAAUUGUUUGUGACUGAAGAUGGCACUUUCUGCUGUGAGUCAGUCCUGAACAAAUACCCCAGCCUGGAGCCAGGGUGCUGGAACGCCAUGGGCUCCAUCUGUGGAGGAUGUGUUAGAGGCGGCCGCACAAUCUGAUUUCCUAUGAACUGUGGAACAGAUGUCCUGGCCAAAAUCAAACUUAUGUAAUUAAUCCUGCAUUCAGAUAUUCCAGAGAAUAGUUAUUAUUUCUUUUCACUCUCUCCUAAGCUGCCCCUGAGGUUUUCUGUGCGUGUCUGCAGCGUUUCAGAGAAGGAUUGAGAAGGAGAUUGUGCCUGUGGGCAGAGGUAGUUGUGAGAUUCUGACAGUUAUUCUGUGCACACCCAGUGUGUGUGUGUGGUGUGGUGUGCGGGAAUAACCACAGAAACGUCUGGCCAUUUAGAAAUCUCUCUUAAUUCCCACUUGCAAAGCGGCAUGGGCCGUUUUUAUACACAUUGUGCCCUGUAGACUCCUCCUUCUCCCCAAGGGGAAUGUAAUGCACCUCAGCACAGAGGUCCUCGGGGCUGGAUGCGCAGACUGCCUGGGAGAGGAACCCGGUGCAUGCACAUCCAAGGGCUCGUGGUGCUGCCAAAAGAGAAGUCUUCUGUACCAGGAGAUGUCCCUGCAUUGAUGGGGAAACUAGCGUGGAAAGCUGGCCAUCCUUUUUAAAGCACUGCGGGACUUUUAUAGCAGUGUUCUGUGAGCGGUGUCUCAUUUGCCAUUAGCGAGUGACCCCUUAAUCACAUCGACAAAUAAUCACUCACAUGAGUAAUCCUGUUGACAUCAGCUGGACUAGAGCUGCAUCAUUAUAAUUUAGCAAAUAACUAUUGAGUUGUUUAGAGUAUAAAUGCUUCUAAUUUAUCUAGAAAUGGAAGGCAUUUCUAUCUCAUUCAUUAAAGAAAACGUGAUGUGAAUUAUCACUUGCUUACCACAUGUAAAAAAGGGCACAUUUUAAGGAGGAUAAUGCAAUAAAAGGAAGGAAUCUUUUCCUACCAGCAGCAAUGUGAGUUUCUCUGUUACUGUUCCCCAUGGCUUUCUGCUACCUAACUAGUAACUCAGGUUGAAUCUAAUGCUGGCUUCUUUCUAGGUAAGACAUCCUCAGUCAGGAAUGCCCUUUGUUUCAAGUUUGGUUCCUUCUUUAGUUAGGGGUGGGUGACACUGGUAUGUUCUUGCAGAGCUGCGUGGCUUUGUGGAGGUAAAAUCGGCAAUGAGCAAAAAUGAUUUCUGCUGGAGAUUUGCUGAUACAACUCUGCGGUUGUGCACAAUGUGGACUCGUUGCAACAACCUGUUGUAUUUUGUGUGGACUGGGAUAUGACUCUGCUUCUUUGGAAGCCACCAAAGUCCCCAGUCCUGCCAAAUUCCUGUCUGGAAAUUGGAUUCCCCUCUUUAAACUUCCGUGCAGUUCCAGCCUGACCUGACAUGGCCUCUAGCAUGUUUUCCCAGGGGUGCAGCACUCAGCCACUGCUGGGCCCAGGGGACAGGGAGGAUUGUCCCUUUUAUUGGGGUCCUUCAGGCUGAACGCUGAAAUAGCCAGCAGCGUCACCAUGGGAGCUCCCAGUCUUUGCGUAAGCACGCUAAUUUUCCAUAUUUUCAGCUUAAUUAAAUGCCAGGGGGUAAAAUUUCUAUUAGGCUUGAAAGCGGUACAGGUUGCCUGAAGAGAAGCUGUUUGGGUUUUUUUAUAGUUUUUAAAACAAUUUCAUACUGUUUUCUGGUGAUUCUGUUGUCUUAAAUUUCAGCUGGUGUAGAGCACAGUACGGUGACAAUGAACUCAUUUCCCUCGGUGUCUCUGGGGUCGCAAGCGCGUGAGGGAGGGCUGAGUCUCAGGGGUGGGAGAGGUGACCCGGGCCAAGAGUCUCCUUCGGUGGCAGGUGAUCUUGGAGCUGUGGAAAGGCAGGGAGAGCCGAGAAGGCAUUUUAGGUUUGUUGUUUCCCCUCAUGCACUGGGUAGCCCGUCGUGUGGAGAGCAAUAGCUGGUGCUGGUACCGGCUGAAUCACAAGGUGUUGAGUGGGUUAGGGAAACAACAAAUGUCUUCUAGGAUAAAGAGAAGAAAAAGCAAUGAAGCAUUCAAACAACAACAAAAGCCAAACCAAAGUGUUUAUAAAUACAUAUGGCACAGCUUUUCUGAAGCCACGCUUGUAUUUGUUUUGAUAGCAGUGCUGGGAUGCUAUUUUUGUCUGUUUCUCACCUUUAUUCCUACUGUUAAAUACAUCAUAAGAGCUUUCCUCAUUAGGGGAAUGCAAGUUUCAGAGAGGAGAUAGUUCACUCGUCAAGGCAUUCACCCACACUUGGGAGAGGGAUACCUUUUUGGUAAAUCCCCAAUUUUUUUAGGAAAAGCUGUGUCCCAGCAGCAACUCACACUCAAUCUGCUGAGUAGCGAGGGUAGAGAGUUUACAAGAUAUCUCUGUGAUAACAGAGGGAGAAAAACAAACUGAUAACUCUUGACAGAUUGAUGGUUUCUUCCUUCAUCUACAUCUUUAUAGAUUAGCAUGUCUGUUUUCUUUUCCUGGAUAUGUUUGUUAGCACUAUAUCAUCUCACAUAAUCUGUAUGGGAAGUAUAUUUAUCCUAGAGCUGUGGGGCAUUUGUACUGUUCACUUGUCAUCAGGAAUAAUGGAGAGGACAGGUAGGAUAAUUUCAGCUGUAUUAAGGGUUGUGAGAUGCCUGCAUGUGUUUUGAUAAUGGGGACACUCAGAGUGAAUGAUUCAAAUUGCUAUUAUUGCAUAUUUGCUAAAAAUGCAUCUUUGAAAUGGUCUUUUUUCACAUUUUUCCUCUGUUGCACUGUUAAAUGAAGGGACCUCGGGUUGCUCCAGGACAGGGAGAUAUCAACAGCCACUGUGGGUGCACCCAAAGCACUACUGGGUGAGGGCGCGUGAGAGUCUCUGGUGCACAGGGAGUGGUUUAAGCAAUCCCAAAUUGCUGGUUCCCCAGUUUCCCCCUGUCUUGUACACACAACUCUGUUGAGCAUGGGGAGAGUCUUUGGGCACAGUCAGUACCAGGAACUGAUGCAACGUUCCCAGUCACAAAGGGACUUCACCUUGGGAACAGCCAGCCUGGGAUUUAUUUCCAGACCUAUUGAAAGAGCUGGUCUCCAAAAGCCCCCUCCUAGUCGUUAUCCUGUGGCCCAGCCCAUCUGCAGGUAAGACUAUGACAGUUAACUUUAUUUUGUAUUCAGGUGCCAAAGGAGCCUUUCCUGCUGUCCUGCUGCUUUGCCAGAUGCUCUGUUGUCUGCUGUGACAUUGAUUCCUCCUUUCUAAGUAUAACUCUUCGUAACUGCUUUCACUACAUUUCAUCUUACUGAUUUCAUAGCACUUCCACAAUCAUCAAGAGCAUUUUGAAUUCUGGUCCUGUCCCCCAGAACGUUUGCAGCCACUCCCAGCAUCCUGUCGUGCAUGAAUUACAUCAGCGUCUCCUCUGCUCCAGCCCUGAGUCCGAGCAGGCGCUCGCCGCUGGGUCUCCACCUCCCCUCUCCCCUCAUCUCCACAGCCCAUGGUAAUAACCACUCCUUGGCUGACAAUUUUUAAUGCAAUUCAUACUCGCAUUGUGUUGAUUUUUUUAAAACCGCACUUUUUGAGUGUUCCUUGUGAGACUGUUUUCUGGAAUUGUGCAUAAAGCCUUGCUCACCGAGACCCGAUGUAUCUCAUCCUGCCUGGCCGAUGAGGUCCUGCGCCUGCCCUCCCCCUUCUCUUCUCUGACCAAAUCCUUACAUUUGAUUUUAUUUUUAUUAUUUAUUCUUGAGAAAUAUAUAAGCUUAUAUUGGCUAAGUCUCUUGGGCCUCCAUCUAACCUUCCAGGUGAUGACAACUUGAUUGAUGAAUAAUAGAUUCCAGUGUCUUUCCAGCUGCUGAAGGGAGCUAUAAUUUCUCAAUGCAUCCCUUAAAACAGAAGCAGCAUCUGCCCUUUUCCAGGAGUCAGGCUUCAAUCAGCCCGGUUGUCUUUACAUUAUUGAAAACUUCUUUUCAUUGUAAUAUACUAAAAGAGUAUUUGGAAAUAAGCCAUUCACACUGUAUUAGCGUGUGGAGUGGGAGCCCAGUGGUUUGGGCUGCAGAAUCCUAUAGGUGAUAUUCCCUGCUCUGGAAAACUUUACUAUUGAAGUAGGCAAGGUGCACAACUGAAAGGACUGAAAACAAACACAGAAGGAAAUUAAUUGAUUUGCUGAGGUAUAGCUCAGUCUCUCUGAAAUCCAGAACAAACCUUUGUCAUUCCUCCAAUAGCAUUCUUUUUUAGGGACUGUGGAAUAUUUAGAAAAAUGAAACUAGUCCCUUGGAAAUGUUCCAAAUUGAAGAAUAACAUGAAAUGGGAUUUUACCGUUUCAAAGAUGGGCGUAUUAAAAAUUCACUAAAAUAAAAUAAGAACUCUGCAAACAGGUUUUUUUUUAUUCUUCUGUACUUAUAAUUUCAGUGUAGAAAGAAGCUAUCAAUAUACUUGCCUUAUAAUGUUAGUAAAAAGAAAUGCUUGGAGAAAGCUGAAUUUCAUCUCCUGCCAUUACUGUGGAUGCAAACAAAAAGUGGUUAUGAAUCACUUUUCAGUGAUGGAGGGAAUUUAUUUGUCCAUUUAUUUUACUGGAGUGUCUGCUGAAAUUGAAGUUCUUGAUUAAUGAUCUGCAGGAGGAAACACUGAGAAAAUCUGCUUUUGCAGCCGCAAGGAAACUUGGCAAGGAGGUCGUGGGUUUGUACAACAGCGACCCUGGGAAUCCAGACUCACGGCGGAGGGCAGCACUCGGGCAGCACUCGCUGCCGAGCAAAGCCGUUGCUCCUGUUACACGUGUACAUGGGUAAGGUUGUUCAACAGCCCUGUUGUCAGAAAUAAUCAUUAAAGUAAUUCUGCUCGAAAUAUCAACAGAUCCAGGUUGGUGCAGGACAUGACGGCCGUUAUUCCUCAGAAGCUUCUCUCUCUGACAAAAGAACAGAGCUGGUGCAGAGCAAAUAUUAAAUAAAGAUAGCACAGAGACAAGGGGGAUCUGGUGGCCAGCAGUAACUGUGGCUCUUGCGCAGCUCAUCCUUGACAACAUGGGGUAUAAAUUCUCCCUUCUGCUAUCCUCCGGCCUGCACUGCUCCUCACCUUCUUUGCUCCUUAUACCUGCAGUUACAAAAUGCAGAUAUGCCAGACAGAUGCUUUCCUCCUACCUGAGAGCUGUGGGGCCAGAAGGGGAUUCAGUCUUAAUUACUGCCUUGCUCUUUCUCCUUUUUUAUCAGUUUCAGGAUUACCAGCAUUACAAGGUGAUAACAAAUUAAGUCUUAUCUGUGUGGAAGAUUUUACCAAAGUUGGUGAACGUAUGCUUGUGCCGAAAAGAAAAAGAUAUGCAAAUAAAUGAAAUGUAUGCGCUCUCCUUGCAGAAGCCUGGCAUCAACAAAGAGCAUCCUUAUAAAUACAUGGUUUUACCUGAAAACAGAUUGUUACUCACACAGGUACUUGCCAGGUGUGCCCUGAUCAAGCCCAAUGGGACCUAUGUGCAAGAUGAAGCUCACCUCAGCGCGGAGCGUGUUCCUCAGCCGACUGCUCCAGCCCGCGGCCGUUCACUGCGCUGGAGGUGAGGGGCUGACCCAGAAAGCAGGGCUGUAGCUAUGAGAAACUUGCAUAUUGUCCAAAGACAUUGCAUACUAAAAUCUCUCCUCUGCAGUGCGAGCUAGCUAUUCCAUCUGCGUUUUGGGUAGGAGAGCUUACCUGGAGGAUGUGGGCUGGGAACCUGCACCACCAGCAUCAGCACAGGCAGUCGGCAGCCAAACUGCGCACUCUGGGAGGAACUUCCAUAGCAGCAUUAGUGGGUCGAGGUAUUUCACAUCCCUAUGUUAAAGACGAAAACAUUUUUCUGCAGAGGGUCUUUCUGUGGUAUAAAGACGUUCACUGGAAAAUCCAAUUUGCUAUUGAAAAGGUCUUGACCUUAAAAACUUCAUUAGUCCUAUUGAGAAGUUUGCUGGGUCCUGGGCAGGCUGAGUCCUUUCAGGUCCCUUAUUUGACUUGAGCAGGACUUCACGCAAAUCUUCUGUGGCAAAAAUAACUGGAAUCAAUACUUAGACUUCGUCCUAGAGAAUGAGAAGUGUGACAAUGUGUUAGCUGUGAUUGAUAUCCCUUUACAUCAUCAGAACUGAUGAAGCAUUUUAUGGGAGAAAAGAAAAAACAACAAAUCAGAGAGUGUUCCCCUAGGCUGACGAGUACAUGUGGUGUGAUAAAAUACUAUUAUUAAUCUCAGCUGGGGGCGAAUAAUGGAUUCGGAGCAGAAAAAAGUCAGCAUGAAAAAAACCUCCAACCACUUGGAAAAACAUCUUGAACAUGAAAGCACAAAGCAGCUGUUCCAGGAGGCUUUCUGGGUCCAAAAUACUGCUGAGCAUCAACUGUUUUGUGUGCAAUUACUUCUCUGUAUUAAAAAUAACACACUGAAGCGUUAAAUUGAAGGCGUUUACAGUAUUUAACAAACCACUUGUUUACGUAUAUGCACUUGCUGACUGGCUGUGGUCGCUUCUGGAGAGCAGGCAGCUGUGGGAGGGCUGUCCCGGAGACCUGUGUUUGGAAGGCUGCAAUAGUUUUUGUCUGAGCAUGUAUAAUUAAUUUAAUCUUAAAUCAAUUGACAAUAUCAAUAAUAAAGCACCUCUUAAUGGACUUUCGACUGGUCAAGUGUCAAGGCAGAUUGUGCAGCAUGGAGUGAAAGGAGGAGAACAACUUCCCUCACUGCGUAAGCUCGUUGCAGUGCAUGAAUAAAUCAUUCACUCUUGCUGGCAACUGGUUUAUUCUGCCCUAAGAUUUCUGAAGUUAACUACCUUCUAAUUUGACACAUGCCUGCAGUUUAAAGGCAGCCUCAUCCUCUUAAGAAAAAGCACCUAAUUUAUGCAUGGCUUUUAAAUUUUAAUAAAAGAGCCUGCUUAUGAACUCUGAAAAAGAGAAAUUGCUGGGAAUGGAAGUUACACUUUCCGCUGAGCCUUAUACGAGCGGCGACCAGGAGGAGCUGCCAGCAGUUAACUGUGUCUCCAGAACCCUGAGAGCCCUGCAGUGCUGCUUUGAGUUUUUUAUUUAACUGCAUGAACUGUUUUCUGUUAUAAAGGCGCUGGGUAAGGUCUUUCUUCACUACCAUUCAAAUAUUACCUCAUACUUCCGAUCUGAAUUUCACAUACAUCUUCUGGGAAUUUCCACACAUUUCUGCUCUGAAAUGAUGCUAUCAAUAAUGCUGCUGUGCUCUCUCCGCUCUACCCCUGCACUGAGAGGUGCUUCCUAAUUUCUGAGCCAACGUGGAAAGUUUUAGCACAAUCGCAUUCAUGAAAAUCAACCACAGCUCUUCUGGCAAAGCUCUUCAUAAAUACCUCAAAUCUGUGGGUUUCUCACGCAUCUGGAUAGCAACCUUUCCUAUAAUGAAUGUCUCUGUGUCCAGUCAUCCCUUCGUUGCAGCAUCAGGAAAGAUACGGGUAGAUGUUACCAUUUGCCUAGAUGUCUGAGAAGCAAUUUCAGGCAACAGGGAAGUUCUGGCCUGGUAGUGUUCAUCACUUCAUUUCUAGCAGAGAAAUUAGUCAUGAUGUAAGUAAAUAAUGGAGAGAGUGUAAAAGGCAGAGUGAUGCAGCAUUUCUCUUCAUCUUUUGAUUGCUGCCUUGCAAAAGCCAUUGCCAUGGAGAAGCGCAAUCUGCAGCACGGCCACUUUCUCUGCAGACGGAUGGCAGUGUGAUUAGUCAGGAGAUCACCUUCUGAGAAUGCCUGCCUGGUUUUAUAACCAGAAUCACCUCCUCAUUUUAUAAACAGAUCUUUUAGCAGCUUCUAAAAGGCUUUCCCCUCCAGUCACCCGUGCUCCCACACCCCUGCUGAUGGAGGUUUUCUUUCCUGCUCCCUCCUGGUUUCAUAGAGACUGGGAAGUCCAUAAGUGCAAAACAACUGUGAAAUUGGUUGGCACACACCACAUCUCCAGAACUGAAUGGCUGGGAACGUGUAACGUGAUUUCCAAUCCAAUGUUCCAGGUUAAAAGGAUGGAAACGCACCGUGUAACUGUUCAAGGUUCAAGGGCCUCUCUGAAUCAAGCUCGUUGUCCACUCAAAAUUUUGUAACCAGUGCAUCGCUCUUAUUGAGGGGACCCACCCCACCCCUGGUAGUGUGUCAAAAAUUCCCAUGCUCUUUAGAGGUACCAGUAAAUCACACUUAAUGUGUAUUGAAUUACUCUUCCAUAUAUGCUGUUCGUUGAUUAUUUAGGUGUAAAGUGUGUUCUCUGCUUACUGAAACUGCUACAGGCACAGAUGUUGUAGGACGAGAGAGCAAAACAACACAAAAGUCUUGGGGAUUUCAGCUUGAGAAAACUGAAUUUUAUGUCUGUCUCGGGUUUUUUGGUCUAGAUUACUGCUGUCACUUCAUAAAAGAUGUAUUAAAACACUCUUCUUGUAUGUGUGCAAAGACUUGGACGGACGUUUGUGACAGUGUCUGAGAUCCAUCUCGUGCACCUUUUCAAUUUAGCUUCCAUUGUGGUUCAGGGCCAUGGGAAAAUGACUUUUGCUGCUCCUUUCAUUUCAUAUUCAUUCAUCAUUUUCCUAUGGUAACUACGUAGAGUUGUGCCAUGUGUUAUUCAGCUCAGCCACGCAGAAAGCUGCCAAAGUUAAAAAGCAAUUUUUUUUACGGAACCAGGAGCUGUUUCUUGUCACGCUUCAUGAAAGUGAAAAGUAGCACUGGCUCAAAACCUGUGGGUUGUAUUUUUCCCAUUCCUCACAUGUCCUUGAGAUUUCAGAAAGCUUUCUUGCUCAUGCUGGAUGGAAAGCACAAGCUUUUGAAGAUUUUCAUAGAAAAACAACCCAAACAUGGUGUUUGAUGUAGAGCAAAUGGCACUUAAUGCGAGGUCGGGAAAACACGCUUUGGUAAACAGAUUCUUUUUUGGUUUAGCAGCAGCCAGCCUGGAUACAAGGAGCUGUAUCCACUGCAGAUGGUGAAAGUCUGUCCUGGGUCUGGCAUUUUCAUUUUCCUGUCUUGUCCUGGAGUCAAGCAGAAUUGACUGCUAGGAGUCAGUUCAAGUAACGUGUAGGAUGCUUUGGCUGCUCAGGUGAUGCCAAAGGCCUCAAUCCCAGCGUUAAUAAAGACCCAGACUGUUAUUGAUUUCUCUCUGCUGUCCUCACUGAUAAACAGGUCUCUCUGAGUGGUGUGCACUCCUGCUGCUUAGAUGGAAAGUGAUUGUAAGCACUUGUGACCCCCAAACACGACAGUUUGGGACAUUUUUUCUUCGGUUAAUGAGUUUGUUUUUUACCCCAGCUAUCUGUCUGCCUGCCAGUUAAAUUUGAUCCUGGAUCCCUCUCUGCUCUCUUGCAUGAGCUGCAGAAAAGUGCUUCCGCCCGAGAGGUGAAGCAGGGAGCGGUCGAUCAGAGCAGAGUUUGGGUAUGUGUAGAGCAGCAUCCUCACCACCCAUGUGUAGGGUUUCCAGCUCCCCAUCGUGCUAGUCUGGGGGCUCACGAGUGAUGCUCUCAUUUCCAGGGUGUCUGGAGGAGUCUCCAUCCAGUCUUCUGCUUACAUAGGAAAGUUUGCCUAAACCGAUCUCUGAGGUGAUUUUUCAGGGUGAUGCUUUGGAGACCUGCAAUAAUUUAAACUAUCUUUUCAGAGCUGACACUAAAUCUAUGGAAAUCAAUCACUUCAGAAAACCCAUUAUUCCUUAAUUGCAGGACAUGCGAGUGCCCAGCUUCAGACAUUCCCCAGUGGGUUGAGGGAUUGGGCAGCUGAAGGUAAGAUUUAUUUUGAUGUGCAGCAGUGGCAAAGUGACUGCAAAAGCGGAGCUGGGGCAUCUGUCGAGCUCCAGCCUCCAGCCCACACCAGGGAACAGUGACUGCUGGAAUGCUGCUGGUGUGACCGUGAGCCCAACUGCCUCGGUGCUGGGGAGGGGGUGUCCAGGAAGGGGUCUGGUCCAAAGCAGAAUUGGAGACAAGCCCAGGGAAGGCUGCAAAGGGGAUGAGCUCAGGUGGUGCAUUUUCCCACCUUAAUAAAGCUCGUAGGCUGACAGGGAGUUUUAAAGGAAAGGCACUUCUCUUCAGAAGAGGCAAAGUGAAUGGAGGUAGGGAGUAGUGAUGAUGGGUGGUCAGUGUUUUUCAUGAGUUUCCAACAAGCCCAGCUUCUCCCUGCAUCGCUCUGGGAUUCCAGAUCUGCAUUUAUAGCUGAAACUGCUGCAGAGGAGGACGAAGGGGACCAACCCACACCCAAGCGCAGGUGCACAGCACCCGGGCACUUGCUUUCCAAACCAGAACAUGUUGUACUCUGCCAUGUGGGAAUUCAGUUCUGGCUCUGAUGGAUGCUUCUACUCUGAAUUAUCCAGUGGCUUUUGAGCCUGGCACCCUGUGUGAAGCAGGCUGGAUUAUACUUACAGAUCAGUGCUGCUGUGAUACCACAGCAUGGUGACAAGAUGCUCUGCAAAAUACAGAGAAGCAAAGGCAGAAACUGUAGGGCAAAAAAGACAUUUACAUUUUUUACUUAGAAGAGAAAAAUAAACAUGGGAACAUUUCCCAGGAGAAGAACAUGUUAUGGUAUAUGUGUAAAACUGCAGAGGGUGCACGUCUGGUAUUUGCAGAGACACGUCUCUCAGCCCUGAGCCACUCUUGGGUGGUGCUGCCCUGCUGGGCACCUGCACCCCGGACUGAUUUGUCCCAAACUGUCAGAAUACCGAACCUUUUCCCGACACUUCAUGUCAUGAAAGAUCAAAACAGCGGGAAACAGUUUUGUUUUUUUUUUUUUGGUUUUUUUUUUUUUACUGCCUUUUCAACCACAAAUAUAAUAUCUUUGAGUUUACUGAAAAAAAGCCAUUUAUGAUGUUUCUGCUGAAGAAUUUAAGCCAGCUUUACUGGGCGGGAGUGGUUAAUGGUUUCUGUGAGGUGUUGGUGUUGCCAAGGCAACACGGUGGAUGGGGUGGAGAUCUGGUCCACAGGUUCCAGGGACUCCUGCGCUGUGGGACUCUGCGCUCAGAUGAGCCGUGGCAUGUUCUUCAUUUUAUUUUGUUGUAGCUACAGCGCUUAAGGGUGGUUAUUUAAUAAAGUUCAUUACGAGAAUAAUAAAUUGGUAAAGCUUAAAUUUGAUGGACUGUGGGAUGUUUGCUACUUUUGAGAUGAUGGAGACACUUAUUGGUAAGAAACUUGAAGGUUCAGUGCAUUUUAAUACAAAGCACAUUUCUGUCUCUUCACAGCAAUUAUUUGAUUAGCAUUGUUUAUCUUGGAGUCAGAACUUGGAGUGCAAAUACGCGUUCACACACUGAGUUCAAACAGUUGAUGUAGGUGAGUGGCAAUAAGGUCUAAAAAGCAGAGGCAAACAGGGAGAAGGAGAGGGAUAAGUAAGGGAGUUCAGCACCUGCCGUAAGGGGAAUUCAAGGCCAAUGUCGUCGUUGUGUCACCUCCCACCCCAGGUAAUGAAUAAAAUACCACAAAGUGGAGAUCUUUAUGCAUAUGGCCAACAAGAAAGACAACAGAGCUGUUAUAGGAAUAAAACACAUAGCUGCUGCCCCCUUACUGGGGCUGAAUUGUGAGGCAUUUCCACGUGGAAAAUAAAUCUGGUAGCAGCAACUUGUCAUUACUGACUUUGGUUGGGCUCCAGCAAAGGGCCUUAUGCCUCCUGCUGCUGAUUUGUCUGGGUGCCCAGGCUCUACUGAAGGUAUUUAGGGCAAGUAUGUGUAACUCCAAACCAGGGAAAACCCCACUUGUUACUGGAAUCUCAGCAUUUAUACUGGUAAAUACCCACUUCUAAACUGGUGCUUAUGUUUGUUUCUCACACUGUGCUCUCACUAGAUCUUCUAGUUAAAAUGUGGCUUAGGUUGUUUUGAUUACCAUUCCACAAACAUUUCCUUGGAGGUCAUUAUUGAGCCACUGGGCUUUUCUUUUUACGUAUGGUUAAAAAGUAAAGCCAUAAAUUUAACAAAAACUCCUGUGACCUGAUUUGAGCUCCCAUGGAACUUUCUGGGCUGCUCUGGAGGUGGGUGCUGGCAUGUGUGGGGUCAUCGUGGCACUAUGUGUGGUCCAGCCAGCGUUCCCGGCACAUCCUCCCAGCCCAUUCGGGAGUUCAAAGCUGCUGAAGUGCCGCAGGCUGGUAAUGAUGGUGAGAUAUUUGCUUCAUUCCUCGAGGUGCAAAUGUAAUGAAGUCAUUGGAUUUGACAUCCUUUGGUACCUGCUUGCAUGAUGUUAUGAAAACUGCCAGGCCUGGCUCUCAGGAAUUGUGACUCCAUGAGCUGGGAUCACAGCUGGGAAGAGCAGCAACUGUCCCAGCAAGGGGACCUGUCAUGGAAACCAUUGUACAUGUGUAUGCGACAGCCUCGUUAUGGUCUGAUUAUCUCCAAAAGCAGUAAACUGUUGUUAACACGACAAAAGGUUAAUGCUCCCCUGUACACAUUCCCAAUCUCUUUAAUCAGGCAGGCAUCGUAAAGGCAAGAGUUAUUGCAAUCCUUAGGCAUACAGUGCCUCUGUAGAAAUUUACUCUGCGUCGUAUAUUGUUUACAGCUACACUCUUUAUCUCUGUGCUAUAGAGAAAGAUGAUUUCAUGCUAAGAAGAACUGUCAUUGGUCCCUGGUCUUUUCUUGACUGUGACUGGACUGACGGUGGUGUUGGGGCAUGAUGUUGUAAGCUCCACCCAGCUAUGUACAGCACAGGCGAUGAAUAGCAUUCCCACUGGAAGUUGGUGUUUUUCAAGUGCAAUGGAAAUGAGAAAAAAAAAAUACACUCACAAUGCCCAGGUUCAGAGCAUUUUAGCCUGUCUCCUAAUCAAAAGGAGCUGGUUGUUCCGUAAUGACAGAUGGGGAGAGAAACAGAUUUCUUCAGCCCACUGGAAAUGUGAGAGUCCAGGUGUUCAAAGGGAGAAACAAUUUUAGACAAGCGUGGUCCUCCAGUCCUGUGGGACAACGGGGCAGGCAGAUUGCUGUACUGCAAUGGAUCUAGAACCAUCGGUAAAACUAGAAAUGUAGGCAAUGUACAAAAUAGAAAAAACCCAGUGGAUGCUUCAGGUCUUUGUAACCUUUGAGCCAGCAGAGUUGGGAAUAGCAGAAAAGCAUCCAGCUGCUUGAAGGCUGCCUGCUCCCUGUUCUGGGAAGUUCUCUGCUCUCUACAGUCAGUGAUGUCCUACUCACAAUCUAAACAGGCUUCAAACAGAAAUGCUUCCUUCUUCUAAAGGGAAAAGAGCUGAGGCGGUAGACAACUGAAAGCUGUUCUUUACUUAUUUCUAAAAAAUAAAAUAGCCUAUUUGUACAUUGAUUUAUCAAGCUUAUCCCAACCAUCUUCCAGCCAGGAUUCACAAUCCUUCUCUUUGUUUCUCGCCAUGCUACAGCUCACAGAUGUGGCUUUCAUAGUGGAAAUCAAUACAUCUGCAGGAUGCCUUUGGUGCUGGUACAGUCCAUGGCUUCUUUGAUUAAACUCUACUUAAGCAUAAUUAUCUGGAAAGCCUUGCUAUUUCCUUGGCAAUGCUCACACAGCUUUCCAACCAGGAAGCAUUUUAUCAGGGCAUUAGAGCCCCACAGAACACAUGCUGGAGAGAGAAAAUUACCAUCCUCAGGACAAGAAAACAUUUGGAUAGCAUCCAGCUUUAGGAGAUGAUAUGGAAGCAGCCACUUAUUUGUUUCUGCACCUAGCUUUGAGGGCAGACAUUGGCUUCUUUUGAAUUUGGGCGUUCCUACCAGAGAUCAUGAUUAUAGGUUGGCCCCAUGGGGGUUGUGGCAAGGGUGGACUUGACCUACUACAAAACCUGGGUUUCUUCUAAGGAAGGAAGCUGCUGGUGAUGCGCAGAGGCAGGCUGCACCUGGAUUCAGGUGGAGAUGUUGCGGUCGUGUCCCAGGCACCAUGUCCCCCGUCCCCAGCCCUGCCCCACUGAGCCCGGGUGCAGGUGGGUGUCUCUGCCCUGGGGGCCGGGCAGCUUGGGCACCCCCACUCCUCUGCUUUGUUGCUCCAAUUCACGCCAUACGGUCAGAGUAACAGAACAAUUUUCAGUGCGACAUUAUCCUCUGGCAAUCCAUGACUCGGGCAUUCUCAGAACAGGGAACAGAAGGAGAACCGUCAUGUUAACAUUUUAGCUGACUCCAACCUCCUCCCUUCUUCUCUUUUUCCAAGGCUGUGUGUAAAAUCCACCUCUUCUUCCCUCCGCUGCCAGCUGAAACGGCCGCACAGCACUUCCCGUAGUAUGUGAAAAACCCUGCUUUUCACAGGGAGGGUCUGAGUCACCAAAUGUUGGUGUGAAACGCAAGGCAAUGGGUGAGUCAGGAUGAUUGCUGUGGGCUUCAAAGGAGGUGUUUUAAUCCUAUGGUGCUCUGCCAAAUCAAAACUGCUAUUUCGAAAGGUUUCUGUCUCUGCAAAGUGGGCCCAUGCUGGCCACAUGCCUGCAACCAGAUCUCAAUCCCUUUUUCAUUUGUUGGUGAUAGGUACGUUAGGAGCUCAAGACGUGACUGUUUCUGUGGCUAAGGGAUAAAGCUGGAUUAGUGGGUACAGCAGGAAAAAUCUCUAUACAGGCAAAUUUCUGCAGUUACAGAAAGCAGCGAGCGGGAUUGUUAGUUACACUAAUUCAGAUCACUUUUAUCCAGAAUAUGAAAUUCCCGUGUCCUCUGCUUUUAGAGAUUUCUCAGUCCCGCUCUGGAGGGGCCCUGGAGCAAAGGUUCUCCCUGCGCGGCACCUCGUCUGACAGUGGUGCCACACACUCAGCUGAGUGCCUGGGCAGUCACACAGACCCUGGCCAGGUGCUUCUCUGGUGGUGGCACCAGCACCCACGUCCAUAUUGUCUGUUCCAAUAAGUGAAUCUCCAGACAUCAGUUUUUUCCUCUACCACAAAGUUCUUUUGGUGUUUUUGUUUCUUGGAUGAACUUCCCAGCCAUCAAUGGCUACCUGAUAAAUACCUGAGUGUUCCGGUGUCUCUAAUCACUCAGAAAGUCACUUGAGAGAAAGAGAAGAUAGCUUCCAGCACCUCUCCAGAGGCCAGUAAAGCCUUGUUGAAAGCUAAAAUGGGAGAAUAUGAUAGACCAGAUAAAAAAACCACUCUGUUUCCAAGCAAUGAAGAUAUUCUUAGGCUCACUCAUAUUGCCAAUUAAAGAAAGUAAAAGAAAAGAGCUGUCUGUCCUUUGGACUAGCAACAGCCAGCACAACUCUGGUAAAAAUAAUUUGAAGCAGCUUGCAGCAGUGGGUGAGGCUCAACACCCAGCUGGAGAAACACCCAGCUCAACGAGGUGGGAGCCUGAGCUAUCCCAGCCUGAGCACCAGUGGGAUGCUGCAACUCCGUGUCCAGGCUCCCUCUGACAGAGCGGCUGCAGCCCUGGCCACGCACUGCGGCUCUUGCAGGGCUCGGGGAUGUGGGUCCGGCUCUGCUCCCACCGCCCUCAGCAGGGCAGAAGCUCAAAAAGGAGACAGAGCAAAGGAAUUCAGUUUUGGCUGGUUUGUUGAAUACAGAUGCUUCCCUUGUCUGUGGCUGCCCUGGAGGCACGUGGAGUUCCUCAGAUUUACCCGUUGUUUCCUCGGUGCCAGAGGAAAUACCGCUUCCCUCACACAUGUGGCAGCCUUUGGUGGAAUAGGUGCCUGUAGUUUCAACUUCUGCUGUGUACCUGUAAUGUUUCUUCAGAGUCUGGGGAAAAGAUACUGCUUUAAGUUUAUUCUGUGACACUUCAAAGCAGUUCAUCGCUUUGGUUCAGUACCUGCACUGCAGUUUCUGGAGUCUGGGCCCCCCCAGAGAUGAUCAACGAGAAAUUUUAGUGAUCAGCCAUACCAGUCUGCUUGGUUUUUAGGCUUUAUUGAAAAAGAUAUAAACAAUUCUGUAACCAGCAAAACAAAAUAUUGACCUGUUGCAGCUGUAUCUUCCCGUACAAGAUGUGCAGGGAUUUCUUUCCUGCUGAGGUUCACUCAUUUGUUGUGGACACUUGCUACAUUAGGCUUUCCAAAAGCUUCGUGGCUUGGUGAGAGAAGGACCUACAGCCAAGAAACAAACCUCCUCGCCUCACUUAAGGAUACUGGAAGAAAAUUUGCAGUACUGGUACUGCCUUUGCGGUUUGUCUUCAAGCGACCAAAAAUGACAGAAAUAAUAAAUAACUAAAAUAUCAUGAAAUACUGGCUUACUAAGGAUUUGGGGUUUGCUAUCUGCAAUGUGUUGAUGAUUAAAGUGCUAAUAAUAUCUCAUGACGUUUGAGGUUUACUUGGGUUAUACCUCCUUCCUUUUGAUCAUACAAGCAACUGCACACGGAUAAUUCGGCCAACACAGACUUUUGUCUAAGCCUGCCUCAAGGCCCACGACAGGUUAACCACUCCAGCUGUUUUAUAACCCAGUUUGACCAGCUUGUUGCACCUUCCACUGUUCCAUACAACCGAGGAAGUCGAAUAAGCCGAGCGUGCAAGGAAAGCACAGAGAACACUUCAUGUCUCCAGCGGCUGCUGAAGCAUUCACCUUCGUGUCCUUUACCAGUUGUGUUUGCAAACAUUUCCCAGGGCUUCCCCACCCCCCCGGCUGCUUUUCACACAAGUGUUUUAGGAGCAAUUUUCUUUGUACCGGUAUUUGUAUGUGAAUUCUGGAAUUUGUACACAAAGGCGGCUGUCUGUGGUCCAUCUGUUGUGAAACAUGCCAUAAACCCGAAGAACUGAGAACACGAUGCAGUCUGGGCUGUGGACACACACCUUCACUGGCUACAGCUGUGCUGGGGUGAGCUCUUUGCCCAUUCCCAGCUGCUGAUCCUCAUCUCCAUCCACCCACAGAGCUGCCUGCUAUCACUCUCUAAUCUCUUUCCUCCGGAAUGAGCCUAUUAAGCAAAGAGCUACCCUUUAAAUGGCUUGAAGCAAGACGCUCCUUUGAUUUGCUCUCCGGUCUGUGUCCAGCGUCUGACCAGCUCUGUGGGUACUUCUGGGCCAGCAGCUGCAGAAAAGAUAAAGCAGCUGUCAUUAGCAACAACAACUCUAUGGAAGCAAAAGGAGGAUGAGGGGCCUCUUACCAGCCAGAAGAGACAAAGGGCACCUGAAAUCAGCGAGGAAACAAGGUCCCAGUUUGUGUGGCUGAAUUUGGGAUGGAAAGGCUCUCCUUGGCUGUGCAGUCAUCAUUCAGAUUUGGCGCUGGGGCUGUAAUUGAAAUCAUCUAUUUGAAGCUUGCUUUUCUGCUCAAGCUUGCUGGUGGAGCUCCAUGGCAUCAAGCAGAGCCCUGAGGUAAGAAAAUGCGGUGCUGGAGGUGGCCACAUCCCUGUGCUGCUGCCAGCCGUGAACCGAGGCUGUGCAACUGGUGACAAAUUUGUAUAUUUAUUAAUUUAUUAUUAACUGUAAUGACAGCAUAUUGCUUCUGUAGAGAUGAGCUGGCUAGUCUCUUAGGCAUGGUGGUGGGGUGUAUUCCUUCAUUUCCACUCUCCAGCUGCUGAGGAGCAGCACAGGGCAUUUUGGCAGCUUGGUCUGACGGCGCCCAGUUAAUCACUGGUCACUCCUGCUGUGGCCUGACCAGCCCUCGGUCACAAUACAGUGGGCAGUGACAUGCAGGGCUGGACCCAGCAUCUCUUGCUGUGGCCCUCCUUGUUUCCUGGAGCCCAUAAGGUGCUGGAGCUUUUCUAAUCCACAAAGCAAGCAAAAUCUGAGCAAAGUUUGACUGAAUGAGGCUCAGUACAUUGAGAGAAGACACAGCUGAGACUGUGAAACUAUACCACGAAAUCCUACUUUGAUUUCAUGUUCUAACUCAUUAAAAUGCCAUUGUCACUUUUCUGUUUAUAUAUUUGUGUGUGCGUGAGUUUGCAGGUAUAAAGAAGUUUGUUAAUUAUGAAAAAAAAGUGGCUUGGCAUUUAGAGCCGUCCUACCCAUUCGCAUCAAGCUUAAAAUAAUUGAUGUUUCUGUAACAGGCAAUAGAUGAACUGUUCUAUAUUCCUUGUCCUAAAGGAGAGUGUUAUAAACUCUGCUGUCAAGAUACAAAGACUCAAGAAUGCUGUUCAAUAAAUCAUAGCCAUUAGGAAGUGUGGCAUCAGUUUUUUGUUGAUGUUUGGACUAUUUUAAACAUUUACUCAAUUAUUCUUUUGUGUGCUUGAGUAUCUGCAGUGGUUUUGACGCGGUGAUGAAGCCAGGAGCUGGCCCGUCCAGCCUGACCCACCGCUUGCCGCACCACAGCCUCCUGCUCCUCCAAUUUCUCAGCCGAGCAGCCAAGCUGUACGGCUUUGCCUCCAUCCGCAGGCAGCUCGUCUGGUGCCUUGGCAGCACAGGGGGGCUUGGACCACCCGUACACAGUGGUAACAGCUGCCUUCAUCGGCCUCACAUUAGGGAGCAGACGUCUUCCCCAAGCAAAAGUGAUGGAAAGGAAUAAACGUUCUGUAGUUAAAAUUGAGUUAAAAUGAGAAAGUGGUGCUCACAUACAGGCAGCAGCGGGCAACAAGUGGAUUCAUUUAGCAGGGAAAAUGCACAUAUUUAACAGGGACUCCAGCUUGCAGAAUGCUGAUGAGUUCCUUGGUGCAAAGUAUGAACUCUCCAUGGCCAAGCUGAGGAGGCACCAGGCAGAUACCUGUCUAAGGGAUUGUUAUAAAUUUGCAUUCGGUACCAUGCUGAUAACAUUUUCCUUGGAUUGGCUGCACCACUGAAAAGAUGAUGUUUUAGAUAGAAUAUACUUCUUGGAUUUCUGCAGGGUGGAGGGGAGCACUUGCCUCCUUUUUCACAGGUACUGAAGACCUUCCUAGGAAAGACUGUAGUCAGGGGGAUGUGGUUUUUUUGCGGGUGGUAGGCUGGCCUGGUCCUGGACACCUUGCUGUGCCCAGCGUGAGGGCCAGUGUUGGUGCUGGGGUUCCUGGCGUGUGUGCAGGAGAGGGAUGCGCUGCCUUCCCUUGGUGGGACUUGCAUUGGCUUCAAGCCUAGCGAGCAACCCAGUGCCAACACCAUCACCACUGCACAGUGCGCUCCUUGAGCUGUGCAGAAUUAAGCAGGCGAGUUGCUUUCUGAAAUGAGCCGCACAUGUUUAGAUUAACAGGCAAAUAAAGCGACUUCAAAUUAAAAAAAUAAGAAAAUGCCUGUUCAUUAAUUUCAGUUUUACGGCAUAAUUGAUUUGUGAGGGGUGUGCAUGUCUGGUAGCUCGCUCUGAUUACUUUCCCGAUGUUGAAGAAAUCCACAACAAUCAUACUGAUAACAAACCAUUUAAACAUAUUCAAUCCAAUUACUGGUAAUUCCUAAAUAGCUCAAUAUUGCACAUGGGUUAGUUUAAUUUUUAUGUAAAUUCUGCUCCUGAUUUAGCAAAGUCUUAAUUGUUUAACAGCAGAUUAGACUAAAUUAUUUUAAUUGCAUUUUAUGUGAAUUUUAUGUGAUUUUUUUUUACUUCUGCCUUUAAGGAAACCAUAAAUAAAGAUUUUUGGUUUGGAUGUGGUGCCUGUUUUUCAGUUUCACUUUAGGCCACCAUAUUUUACAUCGAAGUAAAAUCAAGAUGUUGCUCAUUUCACAAGGGAUGUUUGAAUGAAAAAGGUAAAUACUGAAUUUGGGAAUGGAACUAGAGGAGAGCAAAUGAGGGACCAGAGCUUGGGGACAUUUACUCCUGAGGUCGAAUGUUGGAGGAUUUUGGCUGUUUUUUUGCUUCCUCGGCUGGAUUUUUGCAUUGUUGAGAUUUAAAUUCCCUUGGAUUAAUUCUGCCAUAGUUCUGAUGGAUGUACCUACCAACGUACCUUCACGCGGUGCUGAAGUUGUUCUGGCUGAACCUGAAGCAGCUGCGAUGGAACUGAUGCUACAUGAAGUGCUGCCUGGGCCGUCAGGGUUGGAGGAAGGCAGGAGUCACGCUGAGCUGCGCCCGAGCGAGGCUGCGUGAGCACGAGCUCUGGAAGGCUGAAAUCGGAGGCAAACCCUCAAUCUGAGACUUCACAUAGCAGCCCAAGCUGUCUUAGCCCGUGCUGUGACAGCAGCAAGGCAGAUGCACAGGCUGCAAGAGGCAAGAUGAGAAAUACGUCUUUCUGCAAUCAGAGCGGCAGGAUCCCUGCCACGCUUCCCAGAGCCCCAGGAGAUGCUUCACACUGACUCACUGCAAUCACAGCCACGCUGAGGGGAGCGAGGUGGGUUUCACUCGCAAAGACCAUGCCUGCAGGUGUCCCAAUUUCCAUGUUAAGAGGCAAAUCUUGUAUUGAAAUCCACCUGAUUGUUUUUCCAGUAGAUUAGAGAAGGGAUGGAAGCUCCGUACUUUGUUUUUUUCCCUUUCUUUUUUUCUGACUUCAUCAUUCGUCUUUAAACUCCUAGUAGUCUGCCCUUGGAUGUCUGGAGAUGCUUAUUCUCGUGGAGCGCAAUGCGGUUGCAGCAAAGGCAACAGCAGUUCACG